AAGAUGGUGGGUGGUGGUGGACUCAGUUGUCCUCUCUUUCUUUCACAAAUAAACAAUUUCCGUGUAAACCUCCUUGCUUGGGAACUCACUCCGUCACUACUCCAUGGCUCAGUCUCUCUUCGUUUCCUCCAAUACUAUAAGCUCUCCUCAUUUCCUCAGAGGGGAGGAGCACUGCAGUUCAAUUAAUGCGUCGAAAACCCCACCGGGUCAUCUGAAGCUGUUACAUAACUGUAGAUCCACAAAGACAACUAUUCGUGCCGCUUCUCAGUCGGUUGAAAUCCCUCGUCAAUGGUACAAUCUAGUUGCAGAUCUUCCGGUCAAACCUCCUCCAGCUCUGCAUCCAAAAACUUAUAAACCAGUUACUCCUCAAGAUUGGUCUCCACUAUUUCCUGAAGAGUUGAUUAAGCAGGAGAAUAGCAAUGCACGGUUCAUUGACAUCCCAGAGGAGGUUAUUGAUGUUUAUGAGCUCUGGCGCCCAACUCCACUUAUCAGAGCAAAGAGGCUGGAGAAACUGCUUGAAACCCCUGCCAAGAUAUAUUACAAGUAUGAAGGUGGAAGCCCAGCUGGGUCGCAUAAACCCAACACUGCAGUCCCUCAGGUCUGGUACAAUAGUCAAGAAGGCGUAAAGAGUGUUGUGACAGAAACUGGUGCAGGCCAAUGGGGGAGUUCAUUGGCUUUUGCAUGCAGCUUGUUUGGUCUCAACUGUGAAGUGUGGCAAGUUCGUGCCUCUUAUGAUCAGAAGCCUUAUCGUAAACUAAUGAUGCAAACAUGGGGUGCUAAGGUGCACCCUUCUCCGUCAACUAUUACUGAAGCUGGUCGAAGAAUUCUUGAAAAGGAUCCAGCAAGCCCAGGCAGUUUAGGGAUCGCAAUAUCUGAGGCUGUCGAAGUUGCAGCCAAGAAUUCGGAUACAAAGUAUUGUCUUGGGAGUGUACUUAACCAUGUUUUAUUACACCAGACAGUUAUUGGCGAGGAGUGUAUUAAGCAGAUGGAGGCUAUUGGAGUUACUCCAGAUGUCAUUAUUGGAUGUACUGGUGGUGGUUCGAAUUUUGGUGGCCUUGCUUUUCCUUUCAUCCGGGAGAAACUCGCUGGAAAAAUUAACCCUGUUAUACGAGCAGUUGAACCUGCAGCAUGCCCUUCAUUGACAAAAGGGGUGUAUGCAUAUGACUAUGGAGAUACCGCUGGAAUGACUCCUUUGAUGAAGAUGCACACCCUUGGACAUGAAUUCAUACCCGACCCUAUUCACGCCGGUGGUUUACGUUACCAUGGCAUGGCACCACUGAUCUCCCAUGUCUAUGACUUGGGCUUUAUGGAAGCAUAUGCUAUACCUCAGAUUGAAUGCUUUCGAGGUGCAAUACAAUUUGCCAGGACCGAGGGACUAAUACCAGCACCUGAACCAGCGCAUGCUAUAGCUGCCACCAUUAGGGAAGCUCUGCACUGUAAAGAAACUGGAGAAUCGAAAGUCAUCCUCAUGGCAAUGUGCGGACAUGGUCAUUUUGACCUGCCCGCUUAUGAUAAAUAUUUGCAGGGAAAUAUGAUAGAUUUGUCAUUUGCAGAGGAGAGAAUUCAAGAUUCAAUGGCCAACAUUCCUAACAUGUUACAUAAGUGAAACUUCUUUCAAUAAAGGGAUACGGUAUUGUGUGCAAUACAUGUUUGGGCAAUAGAGCAGAGGCCACCUAGAAUUAUGUCCUUUUUUACUCGGUUUCUUGUGUUGUUGCAUUGAAGCACAUUUUUGUUGUUUUUUUAACUGUAUGAACAGGAUAAGUCCCUAAAAUUCAAAUAAAUUCAAAACUGAUUUCUAAA